CGAAGAGAGAGAAAAAAAAAGAAGGGGAAACAGUUUUGAGUUUUUCGAUCGGCGGCGAUCUUUCCGAACCUCAACCUCCUUCCGGUGAAAAAGGUCAAAGGGAGAUGCCGAGGAGGGAGAGAAAGAGUGAGAUAGAGCGGGGCACAUAGAACAAGGGGCUAGAAAGAUAGAAAGCAAGCGAAUAUAUUAAGCAAGUUCGGGAAGAGAGAGAUUAUAGAGGGUUCGGAAGCAAGUAUCGAAGUUCAACUUGACGGCGGAUAGCUUCGAUUCUAAGAACCCUAUCGGUACUCGCGCUUCGAGAGGUCAGCAGGAGAACUGUCUUCGCUGCUCAGGCCAUUGGAAUUGUGUUCUGCUUUUAAAACAACUUCCAACUCUAGGGUUUUGAGUUGCCUGAUAGAAAAAGCGCGUUCUUUUUUCAUCUCGUUUUUCUUGACAAUGAGAUUAAUGCCAGCAUUGUCUUGGAUGAGAUUUAGGGAUACUGGGAUAGAAGUUCUGGCUAUCCGCAUGAAGCAGUGCACAUCCUAGUCCUCAGUGGGAAAACCGUGGCUGUGAGCAGGGAAGCUCAAUUUCAGUGAUCUCGUGAGUCGCUUCUUGCUUCCCAAUUCUGGUAUGGUUACUGUUCACUGAAGUAUGCCACAGCUGAUGCCGGCAAUGCCGCCUCCCCGGAUUGACCUCGGGGAGCUGAAGUCACAGUUAGCCAAGCGGCUGGGGCCUGAGCGAGCCCGCCGGUACUUCAGCUACCUCCAUCAACUGCUGUCACUGAAGCUACGCAAGUCUGAGUUCAACAAGCUCUGCUUUUUGACCAUCGGGCGGGAGAACGUGCCCCUGCACAACCAGCUUAUUCAGUCAGUGAUCAAGAAUGCUUAUCAGGCUAAGACCCCACCUCCAUUAAAGAAAUCUUUGCAAAGGGAAGAUGGUUUGAAACCACCCCCUCAUCCGCUCAUAUGGUCCAAUGGGGAAAUUCUACCACAGUCUCCAAGAAGGCGAAGGUCUGUUACUCAGAGAAGCAAGCUUGGACUCAAUGAAAAGGUGGAUGUUUCUAUUCUAGAGAAUGGUGACUUGGGUUAUCAUGAAUUGAAGAGACGUCAUGAUGAUCAAGAUGGUCAGCAGGCUGAGCCGCCUUUGAAGAGACAUCGUGUUGAUAGCAAUGGCAUCGAUGAAGUGAUUUUUGGUGAAGAUCGAGACUUUAUAAAGCAAAAAAAUGAUCUAAAGCUAAGCCACGGUCCCCUUCAUGCCCCUCUUGGGAUUCCAUUUUGUCCAGCAAGUGUGGGCAGGGCGAAAAGAUCCCUGUCAGCAGGAGGAAGUACUAGAUUUGGUAGCUUUUGGAGUUUCUCAGAUAGUGGUGAGCUGUGCCAUACUGAAGAUUUAAGAAAAAGAAUGGAAAGGAUUGCAGAAAGGCAUGGCCUUGGAGGCGUUACAUUGGACUCUGCUAAUUUAUUGAAUCAUAGCUUGGAUGUUUAUUUGCAGCGGCUGAUUAAAUCAUCAAUGGAGUUAGUACGUGCAAGGGUAGGUCCUGAGACAAUAAAGCAGCCAGUGCCUAAGCAGAAGGCUCAUGAUAAGCCCAUAAAUGGUAUUUGGCCGGAUAGGUCCAUGCAUUUGCAUGGUAAUAACCCUCUUGAUUUGCAGGAGAGAAAAUGCUGCUUGAUAACUAGGCAGGAUUUUACAGUGGCAAUGAAGCUGAACCCACAGCAACUUGGGGAAGAUGCAGCACUGUGGCUUGAGAAGAUAUGCUUCCAUUCAUUCGAAGAAUAAAAAAGUUAUAUAAAGUUUUUGUUUCCUUUGGAAACUACAGCUGGUGACCACUGAUGAGGGCAAGGGCUCGCCUGUGUAAAUCAGCAUGAAAAAAUUCACAUUGGAAGUAUGAUUUUAUGGCAAGCCCCUGAUUCAGAGCCACACAUAUAGAGCAGAAUACACUCCUAAGAAUCCAUUGGAGAAGAAUAAAAUUUUAACUGCUGCUUGUUCCCUUCGUAACACAUUCAACAUCUUUGAGAGGGUGCAUCCGCAUGAAUGGAGUUCCAGAGAUGAUAGCAUGUUUAAUCCUAACCAAUCCAUGGAGGACUCCAAUCACAGUUUUGCAGGGAUACGUUGUAUAACUUACAAAAUUCUAUUUUAUAGCUUCUGCAAGUCAUGGCAUUUGUAUUACCAAUUGGUAAAAUUUCUUAGGUAGUUCUGAUACCAUUUUCAUGGAUUGUGUUAAAUUAUUUAAAUUAUGAAUCUUAGAAUCAUUUGAUAAUCAAAUGCUGCAUACUGGAUGUACCAUUUCUUAAUCUCCUGUUGUUUGCGCUCAAAUUGUACGGUGGAUUUCUUCCAUCAAAGUUGCUGUUGCUUGAAGAUAGAAAUCCUUAAAAUGACACUUUAGAA